AUGGCCCCCACGGCCGCCAGCCCCCCGGAGGUAGUCCGUGCGGCGCAGAAGGACGACUACUACCGCGGCGGGCUGCGGAGCGCGGCGGGCGGCACCCUGCACAGCCUCGCGGGUGCGAAGAAGUGGCUGGAGUGCAGGAGAGAGAUUGAGCUGGUGUCGGAUGCCGCCUACUUUGGCCUCACUACACUGGCAGGCUACCAGACCCUCGGGGAGGAGUACGUCAGCAUCCUGCAGGUGGACCCGACCCAGGGCCGAGUGCCCUCGAGGUUGCGCCGCGGGAUACUGGUGGCGCUGCACACCGUCCUGCCCUACCUGCUGGACAAGGCUCUGCUCCACCUGGAGCACGAGCUGCAGGCCGAUGGCGACGGCGCCUGGCCCUCACGGGGCAGCCUGGCCCCCGGUGCCCGUGGCCAGUCGGGGGCAAGGCGCUGGAUGCGCCGGUGCACGGCCACCCUGACGGAGCAGCAGCAGGGGACGCUCCUGCGGGCUGUGUUGGUGUUCAGGCAGGGCCUCGGGUGCCUCCAGCGUCUCCACGUCGCCUGGUUCUACAUCCAUGGCGCCUUCUACCACCUGGCCAAGAGGUUCACAGGCAUCACCUAUCUCCGUGUCCGCCAUCCGCACGCAGAGGACCCUCGGGCCCGUGCCAGCUACAGGCUGCUGGGGCUCGUGUCCCUGCUGCACCUGGCACUGGCCGCGGGCCUGCAGCUCUACGGCUUCCGGCAGAGGCAGCGCGCCCAGAGGGAGUGGAGGCCGCAGCGUGGCCUGUCCCACCGCAGGAGCUACGCAGAGAGAGCAGUUUCCAGAACCUCGCUGUGCACCCUGUGCCUGGAGGAGCGCAGGUACUCGACGGCCACGCCCUGCGGCCACCUGUUCUGCUGGGGCUGCAUCACCCACUGGGCCGACACCAAGAUGGAGUGUCCCCUCUGCAGGGAGAAGUUCCUCCCCCAGAAGCUGGUCUACCUGCGGCACUACCGCUGA